AUGGCGGCGCUCCAGGUGCGACUCGGCGCGCUUUCCGCCGCCGCCGCCGCCGAUGCGUUCUCGGUUGGGGAGCACGGGUUGCUGCUUGCGGACCUCAGCCCCGCAAGGCCGCAUGGGAGGAGCGCGUGGCGCUGCUGUAGGGCCUCGCUGCGACGUACUCUGGCAUCUGACGCCCUUCUCGCGUGCGUUGGGGUUGCGGGAGGCGCGCGGACGCCGAGCAUAGGCGAGGGCGCCGGGAGAUGGUAUGUUAUUGCUGAUAUAAUCUAUGAUAGUGCCCAAACCAUGUUGAAGUUCGUGCUUGGUUUUGUUUGA